CCGUCUUUACAGAGGCUUGAUGCUGGGUUUUACCGCUGUGUGGUGCGAAACAGGAUGGGAGCUCUCUUGCAGAGAAGAUCAGAAGUUCAAGUUGCAUAUAUGGGAAAUUUCAUGGAUACAGACCAGAGGAAAACGGUGUCUCAAGGACAUGCAGUAGUUCUCAACUUACCACCCAUCACCAGCUGCCCAAGACCACAAGUGACCUGGUUCAGAGAAGGGCACAAGAUCAUUCCCAGCAACAGAAUAGCCAUCACUCUGGAGAACCAACUGGUGAUCCUCGCCGCGACCGCGAGUGACGCCGGGGCUUACUACGCGCAGGCCGUCAACGAGCGGAACGGGGAGAACAAGACCAGCCCGCUCAUUCACUUGAGUGUCGCAAGAGAGGUUGGCACCCCCGAAACCAUGGCGCCCGUCAUUGUGAUUCCCCCUGGCAACAGAAGUGUGGUGGCCGGGUCCAGUGAGACCACCUUGGAAUGCAUCGCCAAUGCCAGGCCUGUCGAGGAGCUGCACGUGACCUGGAAGAGGAACGGGGUGAGGGUCGCCGGGGGACUCCACAGCCAUGGGAGACGCCUCAUCAUCAGCAACCCGACGUCCGCCGACACCGGGAUGUACGUCUGUGAGGCGACACUGAGAGGACGCAUGUUCAACGCAGCCACAGCGCAAGCCUUUCUGGCUAUCAUAGAGCCACCGUAUUUUACUGCUGAGCCCGAGAGUCGGAUUUUAGCGGAAGUGGAAGAUACCGUGGACAUCGUGUGUCGAGCCAUGGGGGUCCCUCUUCCCACCCUCCAGUGGUACAAGGAUGCCACGUCCAUCGGCAAGCUCCAGGAUCCCCGGUACAAGAUGCUAUCAAGCGGAGGCCUGCGCAUCCAAAAGCUGCGUCCCGAGGACUCGGGGAGCUUCCAGUGCUUUGCCAGUAAUGAAGGAGGGGAGAUCCAGACCUAUACCUACCUGGACGUCACCAAUGUCGCCCCAGCGUUUACUCAGCUUCCGGUGGACACCACGGUCACCGAUGGGAUGACGGCCGUCCUGAGGUGCGAGGUGUCCGGAGCCCCCAAGCCAGCCAUCACAUGGAGGAGAGGAAAACAUAUUUUGGCCAGUGGCUCCGUGCGGAUUCCUAGGUUCAUGCUUCUGGAGUCUGGGGGUCUGCAGAUCGCCCCCGUCUUCCUCCAGGAUGCCGGCAGCUACACCUGCUAUGCAGCCAACACGGAGGGGUCCCUGAACGCGUCCGCAGCCCUAACCGUUUGGAAUCGCACGUCCAUCGUUAACCCUCCAGAAGACCGCGUGGUGAUUAAGGGGACCACUGCCACGCUGCACUGCGGAGCCACUCACGACCCCCGGAUCGCCCUCCGCUACAUCUGGAAGAAGGACAACACAGUCAUCACCCCAUCUAGCAGUUCCAGGAUUGUGGUAGAGAAGGAUGGAUCCCUCCUCAUUAGCCAGACGUGGUCUGGUGACAUUGGAGACUACACCUGUGAAAUUGUGUCUGAAGGAGGGAACGACUCCAGGACGGCCCGGCUAGAGGUGAUUGAACUGCCUCACUCACCUCAGAACCUGCUGGCCAACCUGAACUCUUCCCAUAGCCACACAGUGAUGCUGUCUUGGGUUCGACCAUUUGAUGGAAACAGCCCAGUGCUUUAUUACAUCGUGGAGCUGUCUGAGAACAACUCUCCAUGGAAAGUACAUCUGUCAAAUGUCGGCCCCGAGAUGACAGGUGUCACCGUGCGCGGCCUGACUCCAGCUCGCACCUAUCAAUUCCGGGUGUGUGCCGUGAAUCAAGUGGGCAAAGGCCAGUACAGCGCAGAGACAGGCAGGUUGAUGUUACCUGAAGAGCCGCCCAGUGCUCCCCCAAAGAAUAUCGUAGCCAGCGGGCGUACCAAUCAGUCCAUCAUGGUCCAGUGGCAGCCGCCCCCAGAAACAGAGCACAAUGGGGUGCUGCGUGGGUACAUCCUCAGGUACCGCCUGGCCGGUUUGCCGGGAGAACACCAGCAGCGCAACAUCACCAGCCCGGAGGUCAACUACUGCCUGGUGACAGAGCUGAUCAUCUGGACACAGUACGAGAUCCAGGUGGCCGCCUACAAUGGGGCGGGCCUGGGCGUCUUCAGCAGGGCAGUGACUGAAUACACCCUCCAGGGAGUGCCUACUGCACCCCCACAGAACGUGCAGACGGAAGCUGUGAAUUCCACAACCAUCCAGUUCCUCUGGAACCCUCCGCCUCAGCAGUUCAUCAACGGCAUCAACCAGGGAUACAAGCUCCUCGCGUGGCCAGCUGAGGUCCCUGAGGCCACCACUGUGGUCACCAUUGCGCCAGAUUUCCACGGAGUCCACCAUGGGUAUAUAACGAACCUGAAGAAGUUCACAGCAUACUUCACUUCCGUUCUGUGUUUCACCACUCCGGGGGACGGACCUCCGAGCACACCUCAGCUCGUCUGGACUCACGAAGACAAACCAGGAGCUGUGGGACAUCUGAGUUUCACGGAGAUCCUGGACACGUCCCUCAAGGUCAGCUGGCAGGAGCCCCUGGAGAGAAACGGCAUCAUCACAGGCUACCAGGUUUCCUGGGAGGUGUACGGUCGGAAUGGCUCCCGGCUCACCCACUCCCUCAGUAACACGACUCAUGAGUACAAAAUCAAAGGACUGUCGUCGCUCACCACCUACACCAUCGAUGUGGCCGCUGUCACCGCCGCAGGGACUGGCCUGGCCACCUCAUCCACCAUUUCUUCUGGAGUGCCCCCAGAGCUCCCUGGCGCCCCGUCUAAUCUGGUCAUUUCCAACAUCAGCCCCCGCUCAGCCACGCUUCAGUUCCGACCGGGCUACGAUGGGAAGACCUCCAUCUCCAGGUGGAUCGUGGAGGGUCAGGUUGGAGCCAUCGGUGAUGAGGAGGAGUGGGUCAGCCUCUACGAGGAGGAGAAUGAGCCCGACGCCCAGAUGUUGGAGAUCCCAAACCUCACGCCUUACACUCAUUACAGGUUUCGCAUGAGGCAGGUGAACGUCGUUGGUGCCAGCCCCUUCAGCCAGUCAUCCCGAGUCAUCCAGACCCUGCAGGCCCCCCCCGAUGUGGCCCCCACCAGCGUCACCGUGCGAACGGCCAGCGAGACCAGCCUGCGGCUCCGCUGGGUGCCGCUGCCUGAUUCCCAGUACAAUGGGAACCCCGAGUCGGUGGGCUACAGAAUUAAGUACUGGCGCCCCGACCUUCAGGCCCCGGCGCUGGCACAGGUCAUCCACGACCGGCUGGAAAGGGAGUUCACCAUCGAGGGGCUGGAGGAGUGGACGGAGUACGAGCUCCAGGUGCAGGCAUUCAACGCCAUCGGGGCCGGGCCCUGGAGUGAGGCGGUGCGGGGCCGCACGCGGGAGUCAGUUCCUUCAGCUGCGCCUGAAAACGUGUCUGCUGAGGCCGUCAGCUCCACCCAGAUUUUACUGACGUGGGCUUCGGUGCCCGAACAGGACCAGAAUGGGCUCAUACUGGGCUACAAGAUCCUGUUCCGGGCCAAAGACCUGGACCCCGAGCCCCGCAGUCACGUCGUGCGAGGGAACCACACGCAGUCGGCGCUGCUGGCCGGGCUCCGCAAGUUCGUGCUGUACGAGCUGCAGGUGCUGGCGUUCACCCGCAUCGGCAACGGCGUGCCCAGCUCGCCCCUCGUCCUGGAGCGGACCAAGGACGACGCCCCAGGCCCACCAGUAAGGCUCGUGUUCCCAGAAGUGAGACUCACAUCCGUGCGGAUCGUGUGGCAGCCACCGGAAGAGCCCAACGGCAUCGUUCUGGGGUACCAGAUCGCCUACCGCCUAGCCAGCAGUAGCCCCAACACGUUCACCACGGUGGAGGUGGGCGCCACCGUGAGACAGUUCACGGCCACUGAGCUGGCCCCGGAGUCUGCGUACAUCUUCAGGCUGUCAGCCAAGACGAGGCAAGGCUGGGGGGAGCCGCUGGAGGCCACCGUCAUCACCACUGAGAAGAGAGAGCGGCCGGCGCCCCCCAGAGAGCUCCUAGUGCCACAGGCCGAAGUGACCGCGCGCAGCCUCCGGCUCCAGUGGGUCCCGGGCAGCGACGGGGCCUCCCCCAUCCGCUACUUCACCGUGCAGGUGCGAGAGCUGCCCAGGGGCGAGUGGCAGACCUACUCCUCGUCCGUCAGCCAUGAGGCCACAGCCUGUGCUGUCGAAAGGCUAAGACCCUUCACUUCCUACAAGCUGCGCCUGAAAGCGACCAAUGACAUCGGCGACAGUGACUUCAGUGUGGAGACGGACGCGGUGACCACGUUGCAGGACGUUCCGGGAGAGCCUCCAAGUUUCAUCUCGGUGACACCACACACCACCUCCUCUGUCCUGAUCCAGUGGCGGCCUCCAAGGGAUGAGAGCCUGAACGGCCUUCUUCAGGGUUACCGGAUCUACUACCGGGAGCUGGAGUCCGAGGCAUCCUCAGCCACCGUGUCCAAGACGCUCAAAACCCCUUCGGCUUUACGGGCCGAGCUUGCAGGUUUGAAGAGGUACCGGCGCUACGAGGUCAUUCUGACAGCCUACAACAUCAUCGGCGAGAGCCCAGCCAGCGCGCCCGUGGAGGUGUUCGUCGGCGAGGCUGCCCCGGCCAUGGCUCCGCAGAACAUCCAGGUGACCCCACUCACGGCCAGCCAGCUGGAGGUCUCAUGGGACCCACCACCACUGGAAAGCCAGAAUGGGAACAUCCAGGGCUACAAGGUUUACUACUGGGAGGCAGAGAGCCAGAAUGAAACAGAGAAGAUGAAGGUCCUGUUCCUGCCAGAGACUGUGCUGAAGCUAAAGAACCUGACCAGCCACACCCAGUACCUGGUCAGCAUCUCCGCCUUCAACGCGGCGGGAGACGGGCCGCAGAGUGACCCCCGGCAGGGACGCACCCAUCAGGCCGCUCCCGGGACACCCAGCUUUUUGGCGUUCUCAGAAAUAACCUCUACCACGCUUAACGUCUCAUGGGGCGAACCGGCAGCAGCCAACGGCGUCCUACAGGGCUACCGAGUGGUUUAUGAGCCCUUAGCACCAGUCCAAGGAGUGAGCAAGGUGGUGACAGUGGACGUGAAGGGGAACUGGCGCCGCUGGCUGAAGGUGCGCGAUCUCACCAAGGGAGUCACCUACUUCUUCCGCGUGCAGGCACGGACCAUCGCCUACGGGCCCGAGCUGCAAGCCAACGUCACGGCCGGGCCAGCGGAGGGUUCCCCAGGGUCCCCCAGAGAUGUCUUGGUCACCAAGUCAGCCUCCGAACUGACCCUGCAGUGGACCGAGGGGAACGCAGGCAGGACGCCCACCACUGGCUACGUCAUCGAGGCCAGGCCCUCAGAUGAAGGCCUCUGGGACGUGUUCGCGAAGGACGUCCCCCGAGGCGCCACAUCCUACACUGUCAACCUGGACAAGCUCAGGCAGGGAGUGACCUACGAGUUCCGGGUGGUGGCCGUGAACCAGGCAGGCUAUGGGGAGCCCAGCAGCCCCUCCACGGCCGUGUCAGCUCAAGUGGAAACCCCGUUCUACCAGGAGUGGUGGUUCCUGCUGGUGAUGGCACUUUCCAGCCUGAUCGUCAUCCUGCUGCUGGUGUUUGCCCUGGUCUUGCAUGGACAGAACCGGAGAUACAGGAGCUGCAGCACAGGUAAGAGCAUCUCCAACAUGGAGGAGACCGUGACCCUGGACAACGGAGGGUUUGCUGCCUUGGAGCUCAACAGCCGUCAUCUCAAUGUCAAGAACACCUUCUCGAAGAAGAACGGGACCAGGUCCCCGCCCCGGCCCAGCCCUGGCGGUCUGCACUACUCAGACGAGGACAUCUGCAACAAGUACAACGGAGCUGUGCUGACCGAGAGCGCCAACCUUAAGGAGAAGUCGGUGGACGCUUCGGAAUCCGAGGGCACUGACUCCGAGUCCGAGGACGCACCCCCCCAGCACUCCUUCGUCAACCACUACAUGAGCGACCCCACCUACUACAACUCGUGGAAGCGGCGGGCCCCGGGCGGCCGUGCCCCGCACAGGUACGAGGCUGUGGCGGGCAGCGAGGCAGGGCCACACCUGCACACAGUGGUCACCACGCAGAGUGCCGUGUUUGCGCCCACGGGCCCUGGCGCCCGGACUCCACUCACCGGCUUCUCUUCCUUCGUGUGACGGCCCCAGCGGGGCCUCAGCGGACCUCCCAGCCUCCUUUUGUUAAGACAAUCAACUCCAAUAACUGAGCUCAAGCUUUUGUUUAAAGAGAAUUCUGAUAAGUGAUGAUUUUACCUACUUGUGGACACUAGAUUUCAAUUAGGAAGGUUUUUUUAACGGCUUUUUGUAACAUCGCUGCAGGAAGCGGGUUUCUUUGUUUUCUUUUCUUUUUACGAGAAGGUGUAUUUCAGUGGUGCAAUGGUGGGAAGGCCUCAGACCCCCGAGCCCCCCAGCCCCGGGUUUCUCGAUCCCGAUGCCUGACUAGGGAGGCUGCGGGGGGAGGAAGAGCGGGGAUCCAGGGAGCUGUCCGCCCGCAUCCAGGGCGCUCCUUCCUCUUCUCUACCUCCUGUGCCUCCAGAGAACCAGUCGCACGCCAGGGUCCCCAUCGGUCACACCGACCAGCUGGGCUCUCGCCGCCUCCUGGGGCCGCAGAGUGAAGUCUGCCCUGGGCUGGGCCCUUUUCCGCCUGACAGCAUCCACCUCUGAAAUAUUCUCCCUCCGCAGUUUCUAGGCAAGGAAUCAGCAUCCAGGUUCCUGACAAGGGGGCAAGAGAUUGAGAGGUGGGGUCCUCAGACCCGGCGACGACUCCGUUGGUCUCACCCUGUGUCAUUGCAGUGGUGAAACACCGGGGCUUUUUCUUCCUUUCUCUCCUUAAACCCAACGGUGCAGAGCAGGAAACCACCCCCCGGGGCCGGAAGCCGCCACGCUGGCCCUCACUUAGCGAGCUAGCUCCUUCCCGAGAACACAGCACACAGCCAACCCUGCUAACCCAGAGAGAACCAGACGGCGCUUGCAGAAUAAUUGCUUGUUGUGUAAGACGUGUGCAUUGUUAACCAGAGUAUUUUUUAAAUCUUUUUAUCUUUUUUUAAAAUAUGUCACAUGAAAUGAAUGAGUCUCUGCUGUCUCCAGGUGCCUUUUUAUUAAUUGUUUAGCUUUGUACAUGAGAAAGACGACAAGCGUCAGUGUCUCCAAAUAAAGCAAAGCAGCUCUGAGCAAACGAGGCCCCAGCUUCCUCGCCAGGCCUCCUGCGCAGGCGGGCUCCGGCCUGCCCCCGAGCACUGCCCCCGGGUCUGCCUGCUCCGCCCACUGCACACUGCCUUGACCACCAGUGCUGCUGCUGUCCCCGCCCCCCGACCCCAGCCCAGCUUCUAGCCUUAAAGGGUUUUCUGGAAACGUUUUCUUUCCCCCUUUGCUAUUGUUUUGUUUUCGUUUUUAGCUACAUGAAAAGAGCAUGAACUAUGUUGAAAAAUCAAGAGUCCAAUCUGUGGCUGUGGCCCAGCCGUCACAUUAUUCUUGCAAGAGGGUCUAAUGUGGCCGACUCUCCAGGCCAGAGCCUAGGUCCAGGGGUACACUGUGAGCCGCUAACGCCAGCCCGAGUGUGCCCAGAGCUCGGGGAUGGCCCAGUGUCCCCACCUCACCAGAAGGAGUGUGGCCAUGACACUGUCCAGCCAUUCUGUUGACACCCCCGAGGCCCAGGGGAGCGAGGCAGGUGCCGUUCUCCCAGGUGACCUGCGGUGCCCUAAGGGUGGGGGAGCCCAUCUCUGGGCCACGUGGAGAGCUCAUGGUGCCUACUCCACUGUCUUCCUUCUACACCUCCAUGGUAGCCUCUGCUUUCAGAGAGGCCGCCUGUGGCCCCAGGAGACCGAGGAGAGUUUUGUGUUGGGUGAAAAGCCCCUUUUCAGUUUUUCCGAAAACUAGAGGGUAUGCAAAGGUUCCUUUCUCUCUCUCUCUCAAUCCCCUCCUUUUCCUUCCCUCCCUUGCUGCCUUUGUUUUUUGAGUGGAGGCAGAAAUAUUCUAAACCAAAAAUCCUAGACGCUCUGCCCAAAGCCACUUGUGUGUGAGAAUCACCCACCACAGUUCACUGGACAGGAUGCCCCUCGGGUCCAGAGCCUCCACGCCUUCCUCUCCGCGCCUCCACCACCGGGAAAGGGGGCAGGAAACCUCGAGACUGCAAGCGGAACUUCUUGGAAGAACUCGGACAAACCCUGCCUCCUGUGCACUUCGCUCUCUAAGCCAUAUGGACUUUGCUUUAAAUAAUGGGGGAAAGUGUUAGGACGUGUUGGAACAAGAACGAUUUGGUUUGAGUUGUGUUCUUUGGUUUGCGGGUUUCUGCUGCGACAUGACAUUUUUUGGGGGGUUCCUUCUCUUCCUUGAGCUUUCUCUACCUUCCCUGAAUUUGCUUUUUGUGGAACUGAGGCGCCGCAGGCUGCGGAUGGACUGUCAGCAUCCACCCUCCAGCUGGGCCCUCGGGAGAGGUUGCACCAGGGGAAGGGAGGUUUCCAGUCUGGUUUCGGCCUCCUCCAGCAGUGCACGCCUGGACCAGCGUCACUUCCCCGCCUCUCAACUUUACGGAGGAAAAACAAAAUAUCUCACACGAACAAGCAACAUUUCUUUAACCAAGGCAAGAGGGAAAGUCCGCCGCUGGACUUCCUCCUUAGUGACGUCAUCCAGGUGCUCUCCAGCCACCAGUAGCUGAGCCCCGCCCAUGCACGCCCUCGGGUGGGUCCCUGGAGACUGCUCCGACAGGUGAGCAAGAAUGAACCCGCUAAGCAGCCAGGAGGGGCCAGGCUCUCUGUUGGAGCCGCAGGGCUGGGCAUGCACCGGGCUGCCCCUUUCCGCUGGGCACCAGCUUUCCCAGACAGGUGAGCGGCGGGGCAGCUGCAGGCAGUCCCCACACCUAGCCGGCAUGAACCACAUCAGCAUGGCCUCACGCACCUCUUCCUGGAUAAACAGGCCCACACCGAUCCCCUCCUCCCCCAGCCUUCCCCUCCACUGCUCUCACUGUCAUACUUUUAAGAAGUACCCAAGAAAAUGUCGUAGCAGAGGACGGUGUGGCCUAGGGCAACGUGGGGACUCAUGCCCCACGAGUGCGGGACGAGGCCACACUGCCAGGAGGAAGGGUCGUGCGCGCGCUCUGUAAACGUCUUUGGAUGCUGGGCUUGUACUUGAUCACGACUGGACUGAAGCAUGGUGUUUGCGUAAUGGAUCGUAGCAUGGUUUCUAGUUUUUAAAAAUUCUUGGCACACAGUGUAGUUAUUCUCCCAAUGAGCAAUCCAUCCGCGUAUCCCAAGCUGGCUGUCCUUAAC